UUACAUUUAUUUACAGCAUAUCCUGAUGGAGGAGCAAGUCCUCGUGACCUUCCAGGCCCUGAAGGACGAAGCGGCUAGCUUUGCUAGGUCUCUCGCGCGUACAGCCGGUUGUGAAAACAACCUGGUUGCAUAUUCUAAAGUCACCCCUCUUUCCCAAUUCCUCAAGCUCCUCAAGGAGCGUUUCGCUGACCCAGCGAGAGGCAUAAGAGCCUCUGACAAGCUUCAAACGAUCCACUCGCGGCAGUGGAGGAGUGCUAAGGCACUCAAGAGUACUAUGGACGACUUUGUAGCCGUCCCUGACCACGGGGUCACCGAGACCCAGUUGGUCAAGUUGUUUUAUCGUGCCAUCCCAGAGGCCCUACGCGGGCACUUCUUUGACAAGUCUCAGCAGGCCGACAUCACAUAUGAUCAAUUGAGUAGGGAGGUCGUCCUGUAUGAGUCAAAGUCUCUGCCAGUUACCACUUUCUGGCAUAAGGACUUGGAGAAGGAGAAGAAGUGGAAGAAUCGUACUAUCUCAGGCCAAGUAAAGGCCAAGGAUCACAUGAUCCUGACGUUAGAGGAAGGUGGUACUGAUGAGGUCCCGUAUGAUCAGAUUGAGUGGGGCCUCGAAGAUGAUGGCAGUAGUGUGGGGCAGGGGAGGUCUUAUGCUGCUGUCGCGGCCGGAGAGAGGCCGCAAGGUAGAGCAGGAGGCCAGGGCCAAAGGGGCCAGGCCAUGGGAGGCCGAGGACCGGGCGCACAGGGGGUUGGCGGACAGGAAAACCGCCAAGCGGGAGGUAGGGGUCAAGAGCAGGAUGGGGCCAGCGAGACUUCAGAUGGGGGAGUCGUGGCGCCUAUCAAAGAAAAGACUAGGGGGACUGAGAAUCAGAAGCCUUCCUUUGAAAAGGUUGUCCCAGUAACAUUGGCAGAAAGUUCCCUUCCAGAGCUGUGCCAUCUGUACAGUGAGCUACGAUGCCGUGGGCGGCCCCCGGUAGUAGUGGAUGUAGACCUGAUACCAAAGGACCCAGAGGGUGCUCUUCGAACUUUGUGCACAGCUCUGGAUAUUCCAUUUCAGUCAUCAAUGAUCAGGCAAAGAAGACGUCCGUCCACGACAAAGCUCGGGAAACUGAACUGCGCCGGAAGUGAGGCGACUCCACUUCCUACUCCGCGGGACACGGUUGCCUUGCCAGCAACCUCCUCCACAUCCGGGGAACAUGCGUAUGUCGCAAGUCUUCAAGGAAGCUAUGAAGACUAUGCUGUCCGGCUGGUCCUUCCAUUGGACCAACCUCUCCACAUGCAACAGUCAUAUGCGUGCGCGACCUCAUCACCAUCGCCAAGCGAACCAGCAUCCUCGCCGACACUAUUUGGGGACUUGUCGAUAUGGUCAUUGACGCCGGAGAACUUCCAAUGGAUGCAUCUUACCCCAUCUUGUUCCUUGCCGAAGCCGCAUUGCAAUGCCUUAAUGGAAGAAGUGCGCAACUACUUGCACGCUGUAGUACCAACUUCGGUGAUGGAAGAUGGAGAAGCGGUUGUUGAGCUUUGCGAGUACAUUGCGAAGAUUGACCGCGAGUACGCCACACAAAGAUUUGAAGAGCUCGACCCAUUGACGUUCACGGACUUCCAGUGGAUGCCCGUUCCCCCGACCGGUCGAUUUCUGAAACCGCAUUGCAACGUGCUCAUGGCACAAUUGCGGGAUUACUUGCACACUGCAGUACCGACUCCGUUGAUGGAUGCCGGAGUAGAGGUUGUCGACCUUCACACCUACAUUGCGAAGAUCGACCGCGAGUUCAAGACGCAACGGUACGACGACAUCGACGCACCAUUGCUAUAUGUACGCAUUCAGAUCGGAGAAGCGACCUGCAACGCUUUGAUCGAUUGCGGAGCAUCUCGCAACUACAUCAGCCAGGACUUCAUGGUGCGCGCCGACCUUGGCCCACUCGUCCGAAGGAAGCCCCAGCCUACGCAAGUCACGUUGGCGGACGGUCACAUGCACAAGUCAUUCGACCGGUGCAUUGAUGAUGUCCCAGUGUACUUUGCCCCUCACGCAAGUGAGGCGGUGUCCUUUGACAUUCUGGACACCAAAUUCGACAUGAUCUUGGGCAUGUCAUCGCUGCGAAGUGAGGAUCACCUGGUGAACUUAUACCACCGCACCGUUCACAUUCGUGAUCGGAACGGAGUACUAGUCCCAUGCACGGUGCCUCUUCCUCAUCCUUCGAUCAACUGCCACGUGGUAUCCGCCACAAGCAUGCGAGCUUCCAUCAUCAGAGACGACAUCGAGGAGAUGGGGGAGUGUUUUCCCCACGCCCUCCCGCCCCAUGACGCUUCAUCGACGGACUCAUCUUCGGAUCCACGCAUCACCGAACUUCUCAACGCCUACAGCGACGUGUUCGAAGGCCCGCACGGACUAGUACCGGAGCGGCCCAUCUGCCACGAGAUCAUCCUCGAGGACGGGGUCGAACCUCCGCGCGAUUGCAUCUACCGAAUGAGCGAGGAAGAGUUAAGUGUUCUUCGGGCACAACUCGACGACCUUCUGGAGAAAGGCUGGAUUCGGCCUAGCGCAUCGCCAUACGGUGCUCCUGUUCUCUUCGUCCGGAAGAAGAACAAGGAUUUGCGGUUGUGCAUCGAUUAUCGCAAGCUCAACGCGCAGACGAUCAGAAACGCCGACCCUCUCCCACGCAUCGACGAUCUUCUCGAGCGACUGGGCGGCGCCAAGUUUUUCUCCAAGCUCGAUCUCAAGUCAGGAUAUCACCAACUCGAGAUUCGGCUGGAGGAUCGCUACAAGACCGCGCGAUAUGGGCAUUUCAAAUGGCUGGUUAUGCCAGUUGGCCUUACGAAUGCCCCGGCCACUUUCCAAGCGGCUAUGACAACGGAGUUCCGACACAUGCUGGAUAGAUACGUACUUAUCUACCUCGAUGACAUCCUGGUGUACAGUCGGAGUUUGGACGAGCAUGUGGAACACCUGCGCACCGUUUUGGAGCGGCUACGACAAGCCAAGUACAAAGCCAACCGCGACAAGUGCGAAUUCGCGCGGCAGGAGCUGGAGUACUUGGGACACUAUGUGACGCCGCAAGGCAUCCGUCCGCUUGCGGACAAGAUCGAGGCCCUACAACUAUGGCCCGAGCCCACCAACACCACGGACGUUCGUUCAUUCAUGGGAUUGGCGGGCUACUAUCAGCGAUUCAUCACCGGAUACUCGAGGAUUGCUGCACCUAUGACGAGAUUACAAUUGCCAAAGAUGCCAUUCGUAUUUGAUGACGACGCAUGCCGGUCAUUCCAAGCACUUAAGACAGCUAUGCUCAUGACACCCGUCCUUAGCAUCUAUGACCCCACCCUGCCGACGAGAGUGACUACGGACGCUUCCGGCUAUGGCAUUGGGGCAGUCUUGGAACAGCACGACGACGACGACUGGCACCCUAUGGAGUAUUUCAGCCACAGAGUGCCUCCCAUCAACUCGCUUGAUGAUGCAAGGAAGAAGGAGCUGCUCGCAUUCGUGAUGGCUCUCAAGCGUUGGCGACACUUCCUCCUUGGGCGUCGUAGGUUCACAUGGGUCACAGGCAACAAUCCAUUGACCUACUACAAGACGCAGGAUACGGUGAGCAGCACGAUCGGACGAUGGAUGUACUUCAUCGACCAAUUCGACUUCACACCGAAACAUCUUCCCGGCCUCUCCAAUCACGCAGCAGAUGCACUCUCGCGAAGACCUGAUCUUCAUCAGGGGCUACGACUUAAUGCUCAAACAAUUAAGAAUGUCGGCCCGCGUCUACACAUCGACGAUCUUCACGAACGCUUGGGCGGCGCCAAGUACUUCUCCAAGUUGGACCUCAAGGCCGGUUACCACCACCUCGAGAUCCAUCCAAAAGAUCGAUACAAAAACACGUUCAAGACACGGUACAGGCACUUGGAGUGGGUCGUAAUGCCAUUCGGCCUGACGAAUGCACCGACCAUCUUCCAAGCGGCAAUGACAACGGAGUUUCAUGACAUGUUGGACCGGUUCGUGCUCAUCUACCUCGAUGACAUCUUGGUGUAUAGCCAGACUUUGGACGAGCACAUCGUGCAUCUAUGUGCUGUUUUGGACAGGCUAUGUAUGGCCAUGUACAAGGCCAACCGAGCGAAGUGCGAAUUCGCACAGCAAGAGCUCAAGUACUUGGGCCACUUUGUGACGCCGCAAGGCAUCCGUACGCUCGCGGACAAGGUCAAGGCCAUCCAAGAUUGGCUGGAAACGACCAACACCAUGGAAGUCCACUUUUUUAUGGGAUUGAUCAGGUACUACCAACGCUUCAUCGGAGGAUACGCACGGAUCGCCGCACCCUUGUCAAGAUUGCAGUCUCCAAAGGUACCCUUCCUGUUCACCGACGAAGUCCGCAGUUCGUUCCACAAAUUGACGACGGUGUUGCUCCUCAUUCCUCUUUUGAGUAUCUACUAUCCCACCUUGCCUACGAGAGUGACUACGAACGCUUCCGGCUACGACAUGUCUGCAGUUUUGGAACAGCACGACGGAGUAGAUUGGCAUCCGGUUGAGUACUUCAGCCAAAAGGUGCCUCCCAUCAACUCGGUUGAUGAUGUGCGGAAGGAGUUGCUUGCUUUCGUCACGGUACUCAAGCGUUGGCGACACUUCCUCCUCGGGCAUCGUAGGUCUCCACGGAGGAGUUUGCACUUGAACAAGACAUCUCGCGCUCUUCCUAAGUGGUUUGGACCAUGUACCGUCAUAUCAGCCGCGGAUGAUGAGCCCGAUGACCCUUCUUUUGUGAUCGACAUCCCGCUGCAUCUACCGAUCCACCUGGUCUUCCACGCCUCCAAGUUGGCCACCUAUACACCAGCCAAGAGCGACGACUUCCCGAGCCGACGAUCGCAGGACCCUCCUUCUGUGGAUGGUCAUCAGGAAGUUGAUCACGUCAUCACGCAUUGCAAGCACGACAACAAGCCAAUGCAGUACAAGGUCACAUUCAAGUGGCGCAACCCCAACGAUACGGAAUGGAUUUCACGAGCAGCCUUGCAAGCCUCCGCACCGCUUAUUCACGCCAGAUAUGAGAAGAAACCGUUAGCAACGGAAGCUGCAACGCCUGCCCCUGACUUCGGUCCUCCCUCCAACAGACAGCUUCACCCUCGCAGGCUGGAAGUAACGUGCGUCGACAAGAACCUCGUCGCCAACUUUGAAGGGAUGGUCGAUGCGAGAGCGGUUAACACGAGUGGCCAUGCGAGCCUGGGAGUCAGCAAUUCUCUCGAGAGCCUUGCUAAGAAGCGCAUCCAUCUCCUUUACCCAGUCAUCGAGGGCAGGGCAUUUGGUGUCGGGAUGGAUCUGGACGGAGAAGGUCAGAUGGGACACGAGGAUGGUAUCCCAAGUCACAGUAGUAGGGAGACAUGCCAGUGGCAGGUGAAAUAGCAUGGUUAUAAGCAAUCUCUGCGUGAGCAAGGUGGAGAUCCCAAUCAAAGUCAUUCUCAACAAACUUCUUGAGGAUAC